UCGGUAGGCGACUUUCCAGAGGUUCUCGUUUACUUUACACAGUCAAUGUGUUAGUAAAACGCUGACAACAACAGUAUUUCUCUUUAGGUGCAUUCACCUUCAUGUAUUUUUUAACCAUUACUGCCAUUUUUGGGAACAAAACAUAUUGUCGCACUUUGGUCGUGUGAAGUUCUUCUAACAGGACAGCAAGGUGUAUCGAGAGAAGAAGGGAGUUAUUUUUUUUCCUGAACCCGUUCUCUGUUGGUUUUGCUGGAGUACUACUGCUGUCAUGUACAGUUCCUAGACAUUUUCUUUAACAGAAAGGAGAGACAGUAAGCUUAUGCUACCCUUCAUCCUCCUCACUGGAUAUCUAUGGAGAGGCUGUCCUGUAUGCUCUCACGCAACUCUUGGAGUUACUUGCGGCCGCACUGUGAAUGUUGAAUUCACCGACCUGGAUAUCAGAAGACGACACACAUAACCUCAUUUGAAUGCCUUUGCAAGGAGUUUGCUGGUUUUUGUGCUGCAGGAAGGGCUUCAGUUUGCUCGGACGGGACUAUGGGGAGAAAGAGGAGGAAGAGUCUUUUGAAUUGCGCAACAAGGAGGACUUGACUCCCAAUGGACGGAGUCCAGCUGAAGUGACUGUUUCUCAACCAACUCGCACAGCCAAUGGAACAAAUGGGCACACUGUCUCAGAGGGGACUGAAGAGAUGAAGAGCCUGAUCAUCGAGAAGAAUAAGAUGGGCCUGGAGGAAGAUCCCGAGCUGCUAGUCAAAGGGUGGCUGUUACGGGAGGUGCGAGGCAACUGGAUCAAGCAGCGCCGGAACUGGUUUGUGCUGAGCCAGGACUCCCUGGACUACUACAGCGGACAAGAGAAAGGAGCCCGCAGACUGGGCACGCUGGUCCUCACCAACCUCUGCUCCGUCAUCUGGCCAGACAAGAAGACAUACAAGGAAACAGGCCACUGGAGCAUCACAGUAUAUGGGCGGAAGCACUGCUACAAGCUGUACACCAAGCACUUCAACGAGGCCGUGCACUGGGCGUGUGCCAUCCAGAAAAUCAUUGAUACCAAAGCACCUGUGGACACACCAACACAGCUCCUGAUUCGAGACAUCGAGGAGAAUAAGUUCCACCCAGAGGUAGUGGAGCACAUCUACCUGCACAAUCCCAUCCUGAAGUACACUCAGGGCCCCCUGUACGCUCCUCUGCUGCCCUUUCCUUACGGCAGCCUGGAGCAUAUGUACCACAGCGGGAAAGGCUACGGCUCGGUACGUGAAGAGGCUGUGAAACUCUUUAACUGCCUGCAGCAGCUAGAGUCGGCACGGGAGCCGGUUCCCAUCAUCCAGGGCGUGCUGCAGACCUGCCUGGACCUACGACCUCUCCGAGACGAGGUCUACUGCCAGCUAGUGAAGCAGACCAGCUACACCCCUGCCCCAUACACUGCAGCACACCUGCGCUACUGGCAGCUUCUCACCUGCAUGAGCUGCACCUUCCUGCCUGGGCCCAACGUGCUCAAGUACCUGCGAUUCCACCUCAAGAGGAUCCAGAGCCAGAACCCUGAGUCUGAGAUGGAUAACUAUGCGUCAUUCAUCAGCGAGGCUCUGGAGAAGACCAAGUGUCGAGAGUCUGUGCCAUCCUGGGAGGAGAUCCAGGUGCUGAUGAGCCGACAGGAGAUGCUGUGCACUGUGCACUAUCCUGGCCCUCUAUCCUGCCAGCUCUACAUCAGCUCACACACUACCGCUAAUGAGGUUGUUCGAAGGAUGCAGGAGAAGCUCGGCCUGCAGGACACCAAAAACACGUUUGCACUGUACGAGCAGAAUGCACUGUGGGAGCAGCCAGUUCCAGGCGGCGCUCUGAUCGCAGACAUCCUGACCAGCCUGUCAACCAAAGAGUCAGAGUCUAAAGCCCAAUGGAAACUGUGUUUCAAGCUCUACUGCCUGUUGGAUGCUGACAGCAUAUCAGUGGACAGCAUUGAGUAUCUCUUCCUCUUUGAGCAGUGCCAUGAGAUGGUGGUGCGCGGCCAGCUGCCGGCCUGUGAAGAGGACCUUCAGGUCUUGGCUUCAUUGAGGCUUCAGUGUCUGAUGGGGGACUUCAGUACACAUGCCCCCUGCCCACCUCUGGACGAGCUGUUCCCAGGUCAUGUACUAGAAGAUCAGGUCCUCAUGUCCCUUUCUGCACACCCGGCCCUGCCUCCUUGUCAGGUGGCGGAUCAGGGCUGCCCCACGACGCAGCGCUUCCACACGGGCCUCCUGGCAGGGACGCUGUGGAGCCACACGGCUACAGCAGCGCACAAGCAGAAGGUGGAGCAGGACAUGCGUCUGCGAAGCCGGCUGAAGGAGGAGGCAGCGGCCGUCAUGGCGUCCAUCUUGGAGCGUUGGAAAGGCCUGGCUGGCUACAGCCGCAGGGACAGUAUCGCUGCCUACCUCACUAUUGCACGCCAGUGGUCGGGCUUUGGAUGCACUCUUUAUGAAGUGGAUUUUUAUAUUAGUUCGACAGGGAGUUUUUCCCAGAAGUUGUGGCUGGGUGUAGCCGCUACAUCCGUGUCUCUGUAUCGACAGGGAGAGGCAGAGGCCCUGGAGUCCUUCCCCUACGGCCAGAUCUGUUCCUACGGGGUAUCUGACAGCAACACCUUCAAAAUCACAGCUGGGGAUCGGGAUCUGAUGUUUGAAACCACCAAGCUGACUGAGAUCAUGCAGCUGAUGAAUGCGUAUUUCAGUGCCAUCCGUCGCCAGCGAGGGAAGGGGGAAGAUGCAGACAUCACCAAAACAGAAUGUACAGAGGUGGGCUUCUGUCACCUGGCCUCAACACACACACCCACCCUCCUGGAGCUGCCCUCGCACCCAGUCUGAGAGGGACCCAUACCCGGACACCCAUAACCACCCCACACUCCUCCUCCACGUGGCCCCUAUGAGGCCCUGCCCCAGUCCUCAGGACACCACGCCUCCUCCACUGGGAACGGCACGGCAGCCAAAACAAAGAGAGGGCUGUUUUCACUCCCCAUCCGUGAAAAUAAACCCUUGCUGAGCUUUCCAGCUGAAGGAGCUGGCCGAUGGGGGGGGCGGGAAGGCGGGAAGGCGGGAAGGCGGGAAGGCAAGGGGGUUCUGUUUUGCAAGUGAGGCCAGAAACCCACAGAAACCAAUGCGGUUGCUGAUGAGCUGUCAAACACCCUCCACCCCAUCCUGUCACGCAACCACCCUUGUUACCCUACAUGGCGACACCCCACCCCUCGACAAUGUGAGACGUUAGCGUGAGCCCUUUAUAUCGGGGAGACACAGCAUCACAAGAGUUAUGACAUCAAUGAACUGUGGUACUCCCUCGUGAAGGUAUGGCUGAGAGUGAAAUCGCAGCUCCUUAGCUCUUCUUACUUUCAAUGUGUGCCAUAUUCAUAUUGCCUUUCCUAGAAGGCAGUCGUCCCUCGUGCACUGCUGGAAAAGUGUUGAGAACAUUCAGUGACACACACACGCCCUCCCGCCUUGGCUCUAGCUUUUUCACACACACACACACACACACACACACACAGUUUCUCCCUCACGUGCCCUUAUGCUGACAUGUUCUUCAGAGGCAGUCAGUUUUCCUAAGGUCCCGGCUGGGUUUGCAUUACCUGGAACUGUUGAUGCAGUCAGCCAUGUGAACUUGGAACUGGAAACAGAUGUUGAACUCUGGCUAAGUCACUCGGGCUGCGAUCGCCAUAUAGACUCUUACCCACGGGAUUAUCAGUGUGUGUCUCCGUUUGUGUGUUUGAUCAAGAAAACCAUUUCCUGGAUUUCCCAUUCAGGGUCUGAGUUUCUCACAGAAACCAAAGGUUUUGGAGCUGUUUCUACAUUGUUUCCACCAAAAUGCUCUCAUGUGUCCUUUGUUGUGCUGCUUGUCUUGGCUGUAAUCCUCGACACGAAACUUGGUUAACACUUGACUGAUUGAAUAAUUUAGCUCAUGUCAGUUACUAUCCUAAUGCAGCUCUACUCUGCUGAAAAUAACAGGUGCUUCUCUUUAUGUUCACAAUGUGUAUAUAUAAUGGGAGAAUCUAAACUUAGAGGACACAUAAAACCCCUAGUCAGAGAUCUGGAUCAUUUAAGAAGUGAUGCCAUAUUUACCUUGAAGUUCCCAUCCGUCCCCAACUAUUUAAGCAAAAACAUUUUUUUUAAUCAGGCCAUGGAUGCUUCUGUAGUAUUAUUUAUGCAACUUUUUUUUUACCGUUCUUUAUGUCUUAAAUGCAGACCCAGUUUUUCUUUUGUAGCCUAAAGGUGCUUUUGGUUCUGCUCCUUAAAGCAGUUCAGAGGUGUAAAUCCUGUGUAGCUCCGUCUUUGUGUUCAUUGUUGGAGUAUUCUUGUGAAGCCAAAGUUUGACCAGUCCUGGGUUAGAGCAUGGACCAAAGAUGUUAUUUUUUUAAAUAAGCUUUUAUAACAAGAAAUGUUUCCCAAAGCAGAUAAAGAUCCCCUGAUUUAUAUUUGACUGUUUUCCCAUUUAUAAUUUUUUCUCUAAACUUGAAUGUCAAACAAAUAUAGAGACAUCCUGUUGUAUACAUUGUCCACUUUAUUUUUAAUGUAGUAAUAACCUUUUAAGAAUCCGAGACCAUAGAUAGGCUUUGUAAAUAUAAUUUUAGAGUUCUGUCUUCAACACAACCCCAUGUAAUAACCAGCCUCAAAAGUUGAAUCCCCUCACCAUGAAAGGCCUUGACGAGUCGUUGCACAGUCAGCCCGCCUCCCGCUCAGAGGCAGCUCUUUUUCUACCGCAGCUGCAGGCAGCUCCAAGCUACAAGAAUGAAAAUAAAACAAAUCAAAGUGCGGAUGUUGUUGCUUUGUAUUAAGCUUGUUUGUAUGCUGCAUGGUACCUUUUUUAUGUGAUGUGUGUGUGUGUAUAGUUAAAUGCACUAUUGUCUGUUUUUAACUAGCUUGGAAGUGCAAUAAAAACUAUAAAUACUGUAUGUAAUUAAUAAAACAGCACCAUUUUACCAUA